AUGAAUAUGGAUCGAAGUUGGAUGAAUCAUAAUGGUGUAAAGGAUAGACAAAAAAAGGAGUACAUAGCGGGUGUUAAUGAAUUUCUACGGUUUGCUUUUAGGGGAAUAAGUGGCGAAACAAUGUUGAAAUGUCCUUGUCUUAACUGUAGAUUGGUUAUGUCACAAACUCGUAAAAAUAUGCUAUGCCACUUGCUAGUAUAUGGCAUUGAUCGUAGUUACAACCCAUGGUUGAGUCACGGAGAAAGUGUAGAGCAAAUUGAUAAAAAUGAAGAUCAAGGGUAUGUAGCAGAGGUUUCAGAUAAUGAGAGAUCAAGUAGUGGCACUAGUGAAACUCCUAUGUUGCUCCAAAAAUUAGUGGAGGAUAUGGAGGCUGACUUGUAUCCAGGAUGUAAAACAUUUAAGAGAUUGGAGUUUAUUAUGUCAUUGUUGCACAUUAAAGUUAGCAACAAGUGGAGUGAUAAGUCUUUUUCAAUGUUAUUGAAUGCAUUGCAUAGGGCGUUUAAUUAUGAUAACAAUUUUCCUUCAAGCUCUUAUGACGCAAAAAAAUAUACUAAAGCGCUAGGGUUAGAUUAUGUUAAGAUUGAUGCAUGCGUCAACCAUUGUGUUUUAUUUAGAAAGGAGUUUUCAAAUGAAGUUAAAUGUCCUAAGUGUUCAGCACCUCGAUGGAAGCAGGAUAUUUCUCAAGAUGAUGAGAAUUCAGACGAUGAAGAUGAGGGUGUCCAUAGAAAAACACGAGUACCUCAAUUAGUCUUGCGCCAUUUUCCACUUAUUCCAAGGCUCCAAAGGAUGUUCAUGUGCUCCAAGAUCGCAAUGCACAUGCGGUGGCAUAAUAAAGGACAUGCUGGUGAUGAUGACGACAGUAUUAUGAGACACCCAAGAGAUUCAAAAUCGUGGAAGUCUUUAGAUGAGCUAUAUCCCAAAUUUGCUGCAGAUGCACGUAAUGUACGCUUGGCUUUAGCUAGUGAUGGGUUCAAUCUCGGGGCGAACAUGAGUAGUAGAUAUAGCAUAUGGCCUGUUAUGUUAGUACCUUAUAAUUUACCUCCUUGGAUGUGCAUGAAAAGUGACAACAUGAUGUUGUCAUUAUUAAUUCCCGGCCCUAAAUCUCCUGGUAAUGACAUAGAUGUUUUUUUGCAACCUUUGAUAGAUAAGUUGAAGGAAUUAUGGGAGAGUGGGGUACAAACCUUUGAUGCCCAUAGUAAGGAGACAUUUAAUAUGCGAGCUGAUUAG